GCGGUUCCGACGGCUCGCGGCUCUAUGACUGCGUCUGGCGCUACAACUCCAGCGUGAACGAGUGGACGGAGGUGUCCCCCAUGCUGAAAGCCCGCGAGUACCACAGCUCGGCCGUCUUGGAUGGCCUGCUCUACAUCGUGGCGGCCGACAGCACCGAGCGCUACGACCACGUGCUGGACAGCUGGGAGGUUUUGCAGCCCAUGCUCUACCCCAUGGACGACUGCUCCACCGUCACCUACCGCGGGAAGCUGUACGCCACCGGCUCCCUGGCCGGCAAGGAGUCCUUGGUUAUGCAGUGCUACGACCCGGAGUCGGACCUCUGGACUCUGGUGAACUGUGGGCCUCUGCCCCCUUGGUCCUUCGCACCCAAGGCUGUCACUCUCGGAGGGCUCAUGUACUUCAUCAGAGAUGAUUCGGUUGAAGUUGACGUCUAUAACCCUGCCAAGAAUCAAUGGGAUAAAAUCCCUCCGAUGCUCCAGGUGCACGUAGGAGGAAGUUUGGCCGUUCUGGGAGGUAAACUUUACAUCUCCGGCGGUUACGACAAUACCUUCGAACUUUCCGCCACGGUGGAAUUGUACGAUCCCGAGACCCGGAAGUGGAGCGUGGCCGGCCAGUUGCCGGAGCCCAUUUUUUGGCACAACAGCGUCAGUAUUUUCCGCCAGUUCAUGCCGACGGCGCUGGAGGAAGAAGAUGAGAAGCGGGGGUUGGAAGACCCCUUCGCCCCCAACCCUCCGCGAGAAAACUUGCAGGAGCUGCGUUAAGGGGUUGCCUGGUGGCCGGCUGCGGUGGCUUGUGGGUGGUCCCGUGGGGUACCCCUCUGUGGGACCCCAUUGUUCAAGUCUUUGGUCAACCGAGGAGCAGGGUGGAGUUGCAGGCCAGUUCCUGAACGAUUAAUUGGGGGGUGGACAGAAGUUUGGGGUUCAGCCGCAGGGGUAGAUGGGGGGGGAAACCUUUGAAGGGAAGGUCUUCCAGGUGAGGAGGGGGGUCAGAAAUGCGGCCUGGGGUGGAAAGCCAAGCCAGAACAUGUCCAUUCCCCUUUCUUGAGCUUGGGACAGAAUUCAGGAUUCAUAGGUCAAGUACUGGUCAAAAACGCUCUAAAAAUGAUCCUUCCUCCCCCUGGGGUUGGGAUAGAUGACCUCACGGGGACCCAUCCCAGGUUCUGGUUCUGCCCUCUCCCCAUCCCCUCCUGUUUCUCGCAAUCUGGAUGGUCCGAAAGAGGAAGGGCUCUGGAUGGGGAGACUGGUUAGCCGAGGGAGGUUUUCAUCCGGGGUUGGGAUGGAUGACCUCAAAGGACCCCCGUCUCAGAUUCUCCUAGUCAAGUUGACCGGAGUUUCUGUCCUUUGACAGUCCGUACCAUCCAUUCCUUGGUAUUUGCUGGAGGGGGGAAGUGGGGGGGGGGAAUGGAUCGUGUUGCCUGUCCCGCACUGAGCAAGGGGUUAGACUGGAUGUCCUCUACGCCCCCCCCUCCCCCUUUACAUUUCUGUCAUUUUGCAUCUGGAGAGAGAGGAGGCUGUAACUUUUCAUUCCCCCCCCUGGAAGAAAUUGCACAUCGAGCCAGUUGUGCCUUCGAGGCGAAAGGAAAGCCUUGUGUUAAAAGCCUGGGUAAUAAACCACGAAUGAUGGCUGGCUGAAAUUGAGCUGUUGUGCAGGAUGUGUGAACGGGAACCCCGCUGAACCCCACUUUGGGUGUGCCUUAAGAUUGUGAGGAGGGGCCUUGAGUUUUGCCAUUUUAUGUGGCGUCACAAUGAUGCAAUGAUCGAUUGCAAUUUUGCAUUUGGGGAGUGGGUUUUUGCAAAAUCAAAAACGUGAAGGUGGGUUGUGCAUCCCCUGCGGUGCAGGGGACAAUCCUGGUUAGUUGGACAAUCCUGGUUAGUUUCAUUUGGGGUGCGUUUCCUACAGGCCUGGCUCUCUCCACUCAGCCAAACAACAGUUCCUUUCAAUAAACUACAACUAAACCGACUUCCGCUUUAGCAAAAUGGCAGCCAAGCCAUCAUGAUGCCUUCUGAAUGUUUGAUCCACUCAAAAAUUAUUUAUUUCGGCUUAUUCCCCCGCAUUCUUCAACUUUGGCAGGAAAAAGACACUUUAAAUGUUAUCAAAUUAAGGGAUUUUUAAAGUUGCUUUUUUUUUUUUGAGAAAAAAACCAAGGUUGAAUUGGCGCCCUCCCUCUGCCAUUCAUUCAUCAAGAGGACUAGUGUCUUGGGGAAAAAAAUAAUGAACCAUUACUCCUUUUGGCAGUUUUUAAGGAGACUAUAUUCCCCGUGGCCUGUAAUCUCUACGAUGGAGAGAAAUAUAUAUUUUUAUAGACUUUGCAAUUUCUACGCGCUGGCCUAGAAUGGACGCAGCGUGGCUUCAGAACGGACGCAAAACAGAUCGAAGGCAGCAACGCAAGAAGAAAAAAAUAUAUAUUUUCUUCUCGCGUUGCUGCCUCAUUCCCCGUUUUACCCUCUCCAACUCUGCAAUUGCCAAACCCCCCAUAGUCCUCGACUUACAACGGUUCACUUAGUGACCAAAGUUACGACGGCACUAAAAAAGCGACUUACGAUUGAUUACUUACGACUGCUGUAGCAUCCCCCUCCCCCCUCCACGGUUUCAACGUGAUCAAAAUUCAGAUGCUUGGCCGACUCAUGCUUACGACGGCCGCAGUUUCCUGGGGUCACGUGAUCCCCUUUUUACGACCUGACAAGCGAGGGCGGCGGGGAAGCCGGAAUCGCUUCAGGGCCUCGUGACUAGCGUAACAGCAGUGAUUCACUUAACAACCGCGGCAGGAACGGUCAUUCAAGGGGGCAAAAUUCACGAAACGUUUUGCUUAACAGAAAUGUGGUUGUAAGUCGAGGACUGCACUGUAUUUAAAGACGGGCUUGUUUUCCACGUGGUCGUGGCUGUUUGCGUGGUUUCUUCUUUUAAUACCUUCCAAUGUACGAGAAUAAUAAUUAUAUAUUUUGGCGGGCAGUUUUAAGAAGGGGGGGGAACUGGGCUUGCAACCUCUUGUUCCGAGUUGGACGGACACCCCCCACCCCCCCGGAGCGACUUUUUGUAUUUAUUGAAUGUUUUAAAUGUAGUUCUUGCACUUGGCCUGACGUACUGUAGUUCUCUUUCUCCUUCGAAGCAAAAAAAUAUUCUGGUUUUUUGGUAAAGCUGCUUUCGGAAAACUUGAAAAGUGCUAAAUAAAAAGAGAUGCGUUGA